GAGUGAGAAGGAGCACUCCAAACGUCGACAAAAACUGGUCGCUGAGCUUGAGGAAAUCCAGUUCAAAGAUCGAAAAGACCGAGAAGGACGAGGAUGACACCACAGCGAAGAAGGAAGAACCGGACGAUGAGGAGGGUGGCGACAACCAGACCGAUGGUGACUCGGAGGAGGCUGAUCCAGAGAACCCUGAGGAAGCCGACAUCAGGGAUGUGCGGCAUAAGCUUGAGAAAGCUCUUGCUGCAAAAGACCGGAAUCUGUGCGUCAAGAACGUGACCUGGGUAUUUGACCAGGCUUCGGUCUAUGGCAAGCGGGACGCUUGCGUUGCUGGACUGGCAGUGGUGCACCGCGACAAGCUGAACAUGUUCAGGGGGACAUCUGGGUGGAAACACGGUCUCAUCCGUGAUGUCGCCAUGUUGCCACGCUCGCAGAUGUACAAGCCGGAGGCCACUACAUCGACACCACACUUGGGCAGGGCUUUCACAGAUGCCCAAGAACUGAGACAGGUCGCUGGCGGAACAGACUUUGUCAAGAAGACCCUUGGGACCUUUUUGCCAGACUCGGUUAGCACAACCUUGGUCAUCGACCUGCACUGUUACGACUGCUGGCCAGCACUUGCAGCGUUGGAGGAGUGUGCUGCAGGUCGCCGAUUGCUUUGUGGCAGUGUGGUUCUUGACAAGCAGCCUGACACGAUGGUUCAGCGGAUCGCGAACAAGGUCUAUGAGAGUUGCAGGGCGGAGCAAUUGAAGAUUGUGGGCUUCCCUUCUUUUGCACCUCUCAUCCAGGCAAUCCAGCAAGUGAAGCCGGAUGAUCAGGAAAAGAAGUACGAGGUAUGUGUGAAGAAACAUGAUCGCCUUGUAGUUCUUCAAGCAUUGGCGGCCAAAUGGAUGGAGACCGAGUUCAAGGAUGAGACAGUUGCCAUUCUAGAGGCACACAACAAACAGUUCAAUGUUGACGGUGAAUAUUGGCACGAGACUGAGAGGACCACUGAAGCUGAUGAUCUUGGAUCUCCUCUCAAGCGGAUCAAACUGGAAGACUCAGAGAUUGGCAAGGAGGCUGACAUUGCCAAUCUUCAAAAACCGUACAUCUUCCAAAUCAACAACUGCGCUGAAAUGGCAUGUGGCCAAGAUGGAGCUCCGCUGUUCCUCGUGUCCCGGGGGAAAAACCAGUUUCUUAUGCAUCGUGAGCUGUUCAGCUUUGGCAGCGGCGAUUGGAGGGUGAAUGCCGAUGCAACUGAAAUCAUGGCCGACAGCUGCGGGAGAUGGUUCUCUUUCAAUGUGACUCUUGACACGGUGAUGAUCCUAGAGAAAAAGAAUUUGGCAGAUCAUGUGGCUUCUUUGCCAUGUGUGGACUCGCCAACACCUUUGUCCACGAUCAUCCGGCAGCUCGAGGAUGCUGGAGAG